GCUCUCAAACCUAUGCAUCUUUUGUCAAGACAUUUGGGGUGUAGGUAAAUACAUUUAUAUUUGACAGUAACACAGCAAACCAUUGUUUCUGUGGGUUUUUCUGUUCGUUGCACUUCAACUUCCUCAUUUGAUGUGAACGCCACUUCCUCUUUCGUUUAGUGGCGGGGACGUUCUUAAGGGUGAACUUUAAACAAUUUUGGUCUGUUGCGAUGAGAGCAGUCCAUAUCUUGUAAGUUUGUUUUAUACGUGGUAACGUUCUUGUGUGGAGCGGUGAAACUUGUGCAAGAUGGCGCUGGUCUGACAAUACUGUGGCGUCAGCAGGUGUGACAACGAUAUAUGCUGUUUAUAUGAGCGUGUGAAAUGUCUGGAGACACCAGCACCUUGUUCUGGAGGAGCAUGUCUUCCACCGGCCAAUUGGAGAUCCCAACUAUGUCUCCCCAGGCAACUGUGGGUGUGAGUAGCAUCCUCCCUGCAAAGAUUAUCAAAGUGUGUUUCCUCAGCAACAGUUUCAACCACGGCAAGAACUUCAAACUGGUCCGCUGUGACGAAGGAAUGACAAUCAGGGAUGUCAUCAGCAUUGUGCUGUCUAGCGGAUGUGUCGGUCCAGACAUAAGACACAACCGCUGUUAUGGUCUUCUCCUCAAACACCUUAAGUCGUCUGCGAUACACUGGCUGCACCCGGACCUGACCAUGGUGGAACUCAUCCAGCGAUACGAGCAGCAGCACCUGGAGGCCGAGUGGAGGUAUGACCUGAGAAUCAGAUACAUUCCAUCAGACUUUAUGGAAAAAUUCCAAGAUGAUAGAACCACCAUGCUCUACUUUUACCUGCAGGUUAGAAGUGACUACAUGCAGCAGUUUGCCUCUAAAGUCAGCGAAGGGAUGGCUUUGCAGCUUGGUUGCCUGGAGAUUAGGAGAUUUUUCAAAGACAUGAAUCCAAACGGACUGGAGAAAAAGUCCAACUUUGAGCUGUUAGAGAAGGAUGUGGGACUGGACCUGUUCUUUCCAAAAGAGCUGAUGAGCAGCAUGAAGCCGAAGCAGCUGCGUCGGCUGAUCCGCCAGACGUUUCAGGGCUACGGCACCCUGAACCAGGAGCAGUGCAUGGCCAAGUUCUUCAGCACUCUGGCUCAGUGUUACAGCUACACACAGGAGAGCUUUGCCUGCAUGCUGGCGCACGGUUGGAGUGUCACAAUAGAGCUCGUCAUCGGCCCUGAGGGUAUCAGUCAACAAACUGACAACUCCACACCCAUCCGUCUGGCCAAGUUCUCUCAGGUGAGCAGCAUCUCCUGCUCUACUGAGAUCAAUGGCCGAGCUCAGCUCAACGUUCACAUAAAGGGAACCAAGCAGCCACUCUCGGUGAGCAUAGCAUCUUUGGCUGUCGCAGGAAACAUGGCUGACCUGAUUGAUGGAUACUGCCGGCUGGAGGGCGUCUCUGAGGGUUCACUCAUUAGCAGACCUGGCAAAAGGAGAACGGAACUACCUCAAAUUCCAAAACCCGAUGAUUCCUCCCCACACAAAAGAGGUUCCGACAUUUAUGAUGAGAUUUCCGAGGACAUACUGAUGCCGUGCGAGAAGCAUAGGAUAUCCCGAGCUGAUGUCAUCGUGGGUCGCAUCCUUGGUGAGGGCUUCUUUGGAGAGGUUCAUGAUGGUGUUUAUAAAAGCCCGACAGGGGAAAGGAUCCAAGUGGCCAUCAAAACAUGCAAGGACUGCUCACCAGGCGUGAAGGAGAAGUUUCUUAGUGAAGCCGAAUUAAUGAAAAAUCUAGACCACCCCUACAUCGUGCGUCUGAUUGGAGUCAUUGACGACAACCCGAUAUGGAUCGUCAUGGAGCUCUAUGAACAUGGAGAGCUGGGGAAAUAUCUGAUGGAGCAGAAGUACAUCCUGACAACAGCGACUUUAAUUCUGUACUGUCUGCAAAUCUGCAAAGCCUUAGCUUACCUCGACGGCCUCAGCAUGGUGCACAGAGACAUUGCAGUGAGAAACAUCCUGGUGGCGUCUCCUGACUGCGUCAAGCUCGGUGACUUUGGUCUAUCUCGGUACAUUGAUGACCAAGAUUACUACAAAGCAUCGGUUUCACGUAUGCCGAUCAAGUGGAUGGCACCGGAAUCCAUCAACUUCCGGCGGUUUACUUCGGCGAGCGACGUGUGGAUGUUGGGCGUGUGUGUGUGGGAGAUCUUCUCCUUGGGCCAGCAGCCUUUCCACUGGCUGGAGAACAGGCAGGUGAUCACCCAGCUGGAGUCCGGCGUCCGACUCCCCAAGCCGCUGCUGUGCCCGCCAGCUGUUUACUCUCUGCUGACCCGCUGCUGGGCCUAUGAGCCGCAUGCCCGCCCUGGCUUUAUCCAGCUCGUCUGCUCGCUCAGUGACAUUCAAACAGCGGUGCAGGAGGAUAAACCCGACUACAUCUCGUGUAUCUCGCAACUGGACCUCGAGCACAGCGAGCCUCCCCCAAAGCCUUGCAGAGUGGGCGCCGUCGACCCAUACGCCUCAAGCGUGCAGGGAAAGGAUGGGAAAGAGCAUAUUGAUGACACUUUACGAAGGCAAAGAAGAGAGAUGCUGAUGGACAGACAAUGGCUGGAGCAGGAGGAGCGACAACUGGAUCCUUUUGUGCGACAGGCCUCAGAUAUCAAGUUUCUGGAAAAAAGCGUGGCUGAUGGCCCCCCAGCAGAGACCCCCGUACCUCUCGGCGUCACACAGUCUCGUCCCACAGCUGAGCUGGACCGAUCAGGUGAUCAGGUGUACUCUGGUGUCAUGGCGACGGUCAGACAGGUGGUCCAGCUGAAGAAUGAGGUCAACACGCUUCCAGUCUCCGAGUAUCCCAACGCCGUCAAAGCGAUUGGCGCCACUCUGCGGAGCCUGAUCCAAAGCGUUGAUGACGUCCUGCCCGUUCUGCACAACUCAUGUGCCAGCGAGAUCGCGGGCACAAAGAAGCUCCUGAACAAGGACUUAGAGGAGCUGAUCAAUAAGAUGAGACUGGCCCAGCAGAACUGGGUGACGACACUAAAGGAGGAGUGCCAGAGACAGAUGUUGGCCGCCGCACACACUCUGGCGCUGGACUCCAAGAACCUGCUGGACGCAGUGGACCAGGCGAGGGUCAGGGAGACACAGGAUAAGUGAAGUUAGUGUUGGGAACCCAUUCAUUUUUGGACUUUAAACAUGUAUCAAAAGUUAAAAAAAGAAAACGUUUUUAAAAAAAAAAAAAAAAGGGAUUUCAUAAGUUCAUAUUUGUACAUGAAAAAGCAUCAAAUAAAUUGCUGUUACGCCAUGAAUGUGCACAGAAAGCAGCAGGAGGGAAUACAUUUGCAGCUGCACCCUCCAAGGAUAAUGUGCGCCUCAAAAGGAAUGUGGGCGAGAGUUAUUUCCAAUAAAAUAUUGAUGACA